AUGAGAACGGAUAAGUCAUUCUCAGAAUUAUGGUUAAAAACUAUACAAUUUUGUGAAACAAAUGACAUAUCAAUAGAAGUCUCUCAUCCUAUAACAAAACGGAAAAGAACUCAGCCGACUAAUUUGAUGAAUUUCCAUUUGGAAACCACAACUAGUGCUAAUUUUGAUGAACAAGAUCAAGAUGUAUCAGAAGCAUAUUGGAGGCGUACGGUUUAUUUUCCGAUUAUUGAUACAAUUAUCAAUAAUCUAAAGUUUAGAUUUUCAACAGAAAAUCUUCAUAUGGCUAAAGCUAUUGACAGUUUUAUGGACACGGAUUUUGAAAAAAGUCAAUAUUUUGAAAAAAAACUGUUACUUAAGUGUAAUGAAUAUUGA